UUUAAAUGGUUGUUUUCAGGUUUUAAAAGUUAAAACGGAGGUUUUCGGCAGAAAAAAAUAAUAAUGUGUAUUUGUUUUGGAUCAAAAUAACGCAGUAUUGCUGAUUACUAUAGCACAACUGUGGCAACAUGAGUAUGGAAGAUUUUAAUCCACGCGUAGAUGAGAAAAAUCUUCAGACAAUAAAUUUGUCCUCCUCGGACGAUGAAUCGGGUGCUUGUGGUUCUGCAGAAAGCACGUUGAAUGAUAAACCUUUGGAUAGCAGUGUUGUUAUAGAUGAUGAUGAGGGGGAAGAAAAAGCCAAGUUAAUUAAUGAAGUACUUGAACUUCAAAACACUCUUGAUGAUUUGUCUCAAAGAGUUGAUGCUGUAAAAGAUGAAAAUCUCAAAUUGAAAUCAGAAAAUCAGGUUCUUGGUCAGUAUAUAGAAAAUCUUAUGUCAGCAUCAAGUGUUUUUCAAGCAACUAAUGCUCCAACAAAAAAGAGGCAAGUUCCUUCCAGACCAAUCCGCAAGAAAUAAACCUUGACUAUUAAUUUUAUUUUACUUGUAAUGUACAUUGAAUUUGUAAAGUAUAUCUAAUAAAUCGUAAGCCAUCAGGUUCAGAUAAAUAAGAUUAUUCAUUGUUAAUAUUGAAUAUUGUAUU